CAAAUUCUCUGAAUGUUGUCAGUCAGGUUCAUCUUCAGUCAAUUGCCAUGGGAUCUCUACACGAGCAGCAUCUGAUCACGCCUCGUCACGGACAUAUCGGAAACAGUAUAUAUGCCUGCCACCACUGAGCUCACAUGGAUCCGACAUAGCACUGCGUUGGCUGAACCAGGAAGAUACAGUGCGAGAAAGUGGUCGAUCACAGUUCACAGAUGGCAGACGCAUGAAGAAUGGUAGGCCAGCCCCAACGCGUCCAUCUCUCCUUUCACCAAGGUAGUGACCAAGUUGGUGAUCAAAAUAGGACAAAGAAAUCAUUCUUGCCAAUAAAAAUGAACGGCUAUGACAAAUCUCGGUCCCUCUCUCUCUAUAUAGCCACCUCACAUAAACACACCACGAUCAUCUUGAUCUCUGUAAGAAGAUCUUGUCCAACAUAUGUCAUGGCGGCUAUGGUCGAGAUCAAGAUAGGUCAGGUUGAUGACGUCCAGGAGCUGCAACGGACGUGCCUGUCCACCGUGCCUGAGCGGUACAUCAGGGACGGGGACGACCGGCCGGACGGCGCCAACGUCUGCGCUCACGCGCGCAUCCCGGUGAUCGACGUCGGCGAGCUCCCGCGCUACGACGAGCUGAAGAAGCUUAGGCUCGCCUGCGAGGAGUGGGGCUUCUUCCAGGUUGUGAACCAUGGCAUCGAGGACGAGCUGCUGGACGAGAUGGAGAAGGUUACGAGGGAGUUCUUCAUGCUGCCGCUGGAGGAGAAGGAGAAGUACCCCAUGGCGCCGGGAGGCAUCCAGGGCUACGGCCACGCCUUCGUCUUCUCCGAGGACCAGAAGCUCGACUGGUGCAACAUGCUAGCGCUCGGCGUCGAGCCCGCCUUCAUCAGGCAGCCCAGGCUCUGGCCGACGACUCCGGCCAACUUCAAGGAGACUCUGGAGAAAUACUCCGUCGAGGUCAGGGGUCUGUGCCAGAGGCUGCUCGCGCACAUCGCCGAGACGCUGGGGCUGGCGCCGGGCAUGUUCAACGACAUGUUCGGCGAGGCGGUGCAGGCAGUGCGGAUGAACUUCUACCCGCCGUGCCCGCGGCCGGAGCUGGUGCUGGGGCUGAGCGCGCACUCCGACGGGAGCGCGGUGACCGUGCUCCAGCAGGACAUGUCGUGCGCCGGCCUGCAGGUGCUCAAGGACGGCGCCUGGGUGCCCGUCCAUCCCAUCCCGCACGCCCUCGUCAUCAACCUCGGCGACACGCUUGAGGUUUUAACGAACGGCAGGUACAAGAGCGUGGAGCACCGGGCGGUGACGAACGGCAAGCAGGAGAGGUUGUCGGUGGUGACGUUCUACGCGCCGGCCUACGACGUCGAGCUGGGCCCGCUGCCGGAGUUGGUGACCGACGAGGCGCCGUGCAGGUACCGAAGGUUCAACCACGGCGAGUACAGCCGCCACUACGUCACCAGCAGACUCGAGGGCAAGAAGACGCUCGAAUUCGCCAAGUUUAAUUCGAUCACGACUGCUCGUGAAGAAACCUGAAGUUGCAUAUAGUUUGGCCAAGUUGCCUCCAGUUAUUCGUGGAAGUUACAAAUUAAAUCCUGAUGAACUACUAGUCCUCUCUAUAGUACUCCUAAGUAUGACGAACCGUAUCCUCUCUCUCUCUCUCUCUCUCUCU